GAGUAAAACGACCUCCCAUACAGGAGAAGCAAUUGUCCGAAAAAUUGUCCAAGUAAGGAGAUGUGCAACAACCUCGAAGCUAGUCUAAACUAGUGGGAGGUUGUCUGCAGGAAGCAGAAAAAAGCAAGAAAUGGCACGAGGGAAAAUUCAGAUGAAGCGUAUUGAGAACCCAGUACACAGGCAGGUUACCUUCUGCAAGCGCCGAGCAGGGCUUCUUAAGAAGGCUAAGGAGCUCUCUGUGUUGUGUGAUGCUGAAAUUGGGAUUUUCAUUUUCUCCGCCCAUGGAAAGCUCUAUGAACUAGCCACCAAAGGAACCAUGCAAGGGCUUAUUGAGAAGUACAUGAAGUCUAGUUGCGGGUCUCAGGAUGACCAAGCCAAAGAAGCACAACUUCUGGACACAAAAGAGGAGAUUAACAUGCUAAAGCAUGAGAUUGAAUUACUUCAGAAAGGCCUCAGGUAUAUGUUGGGAGGUGGGGCUGGAACAAUGACACUGGAAGAACUACGUAUCUUUGAAAAACAUCUUGAAAUUUGGAUCUAUAACAUCCGUUCAGCGAAGAUGGAGAUCAUGUUUCAAGAAAUCCAGUUAUUGAAGAAUAAGGAGGGAAUACUGAAAGCAGCAAACAAUUAUCUCCAAGAAAUGAUAGAGGACCAAACUGGAAUUACCAACAUUGCACCAAUGAUAACUCCGUAUCCACUAACUCCACAAAAUGAAAUAUUUCAAACUUAGGAUUUGCACACUGGUAGACUCUAACUCAUGAAAGCAAUGGUGCAACUUAGUAAUAUCUUUGUGAACUGUAUUGUAUGAAUAAAAACUCUGUAAACCUUUAUAAUAAGUUACUACUGGGUGGUGGUUGCCAGAGAUUGUAUUGUAAGCCUUUGUAAAAUUUUGCUAAUAUGCAAGGUCCUAGUGUUGUUAUUCAGCUUGAAAUUAUGGAUUGGUUUGCUAUUAUAUAAUGGAACUAUUUUCUAUUA